AUGGAAGGAAUCACGAAUUUAGAAACAACUGGACCUGUGAUUUUUAUAUUAAACCAUCAGAACAGUUUGGAUACUGUUGGUAUACAAAUUUGUGCUGUAACAAGCCUUGCUAUAUUUUAUGUCAACAUAAUUAUAGCCAUUGGUUGUUAUUUUUGUGAUUGUAUCUUCACAAGUCGAACGAGUAAACGCUUUUCCGGUCAAAGGGCUCUUGAAAAAUGUGUUCAGAGUUUAAAAAAUGACAAAAGUAUAAUUAUCUUUCCUGAAGGAACCAGAAGCAAUGAAAACAAACUUCUUCCUUUUCGAAAAGGUGCAUUUUCCUUGUCUUUGUUGACUCAUGUGAAAAUUCAACCAGUUGUUAUACAAAAAUACAAGCAAAUUGAUCACAAAAAUCACGUUUUUGGAAGAGGACAAGUGAAAGUAAAGAUCUUGCCAAAAAUGGAUUUCAUAGAGUACGAAACUGUUGAAAAUUAUAUGCAACGUGCGCACAAUUUAAUGAGUCAUGAAUUUCACAAACUAAAUAAUAUUGUCUAA